GCGUCCGCCUUUUGGUGCUCUCACCGGCUUCGGUGGAGUUUCGGACCCCCGGCUGCGGACGCUUGUGUCUCGGUCCUGGCCAUGGCUCCCAAGGGUGGCCUCAAGCAGCAGUCGGAGGAGGACCUGCUCCUGCAGGACUUCAGUCGUAACCUGUCGGCCAAGUCAUCAGCGCUUUUCUUCGGGAACGCCUUCAUAGUGUCGGCCAUCCCCAUCUGGCUUUAUUGGCGAAUAUGGCACAUGGACCUCGUGCAGUCUGCCGUGCUCUACAGCGUCAUGACCCUGGUCAGCACCUACCUGGUAGCUUUUGCAUACAAGAAUGUCAAGUUUGUUCUGAAACACAAAGUAGCCCAGAAGAGAGAGGAUGCCGUUUCCAAAGAAGUGACUCGGAAACUUUCUGAGGCCGACAACAGGAAGAUGUCCCGGAAAGAGAAAGAUGAAAGGCCUCACCAUUGCUGUCUCCUGGGCUGCAGGAUCCUGUGGAAGAAGAACGAAGUCGCCGAUUAUGAAGCCACGACCUUCUCCAUCUUCUACAACAACACCUUGUUCCUGGUCUUGGUCAUUGUUGCUUCCUUCUUCAUCCUCAAGAACUUCAACCCAACUGUGAACUAUAUCUUAUCCAUAAGUGCCUCGUCAGGCCUGAUUGCCCUGCUGUCUACCGGCUCCAAAUAGAUGAAGAAACAGAUACUUCUUUGGGGGGCGGCCUAUGGUGGGCAGAAGAGGAAGGAAACGUACAAGAAUUGUUUUUUAUAGUCAAAUUUAACAGGUUUUGUGUAUGUUUUUUAAAACUAAGAAAAUGUAAAAUAGUCUUCAGUUUUGGGACUCCUUUUGACAGAUUGUUGGAAUAAUAAAAUAAGUUGAUCAGAAAA